CGCGGAUUUUUCUUCUUUCUUGUAUCUAGAAUAAGGUACAAAGCUAUCUUUAUGAUAAUGCGUUCCUUGGGCACAAUGUAUAUUUCUAAUACCCAAUUUUUAAUUCCAACUAAAGUUUUAAACAUAACAUAAUUUUGCGCGCGUAAKGCAGUAACAUGAUAGUUUUAAUUACAUCAUCUCRAGGAUCCUUGUACAUAGGCUGGUUGACAUAAGAUGGUUAUCAGGCCUGAAGGGUAGUCAUUGAGACAUCAUUGCAAAUAUACUUCACUGCAGGGUWAACUAGGUACKGAUAAGGGACUGAAUAACAUGUUAUAGUAGAAGURGUUAUUUUCUGGAUUUAUUCUCACCGCAUUACUUACACUUCACGUGUAAAGCAAAAUUCGUUAAAUUUAUCCGUACAUUAUUUUCGGAAGAACAUGGGAAACAGUAAAAAAAGUUGUUCGUGUGGUGGCGCCUGCAACCAUUUGGCGGGACUUUCCSAGUCUGACAAUGAAAUCCAUUUUUCUGAGAGCUUUGAAGAAGAUAAUAUUGACUCGAGUUUUGAUGAAGACAGGAGGUCUAGUUCAGAAGAGGACGAUUUUGAUGUUGACGGCAGCUUUGAUGAAGAUAGAAGGGAUAAUUACUUACCAGAACAGUGCGAUGCAACCAAGUCAAAAAUUACAAAGAAAUCGAAAAUAAAAAAGUCUCUCCCUAAGAUCCGAAAGAGUGAAGUAAAAAUGACUCUAUCCYAUAUUGAAAAUGCUAUGAAUGGUUUCAAGUGUUGUAGUCGCAAUUGCAUUCACUUGAUUCUCACCAAAGCAGACAUUCUUAAAGCCAGGGUUGAAUUCAUUGAUAUGGAUAGUGAACGUCAGGCACAGUGGUUGCUCAAUUUUUUCCAACUGUGUUUGAAACGACGRGAUAGCAGAGACGUGUACGAAUAUAGGAUUGAAGGAAAAGAGUUAUGCCAAAAAGCGUGGAUAUUCAGUUAYGGUCUCUCAUAUACCAGGUUUCACGAUUGGAAAAACAAAUUUGAAAGGGGCAUAAGAACUCCCAUACACGGACGUACUGGCCAGACAAAACAGUCYGAGCGGGUAAUGGAAGCGGAGCUCUGGUUCCAUGACUAUUCCGUGGCUAUGGGGAAUCGAAUGCCAGAUAGCCCUCGCGUAGAACUACCGGCUUGCCAAACCAUUAGAAAAGUUUAUAGAACGUAUCUAGAAGGGGCAACAGAACGUCCACUGUCUGCAACGCAAUUCAGAAGAAUGUGGUUGUCGUCUUUCCCAGAGGUUAUAAUUCCGAAGAGAAAUCGAUUUUCGAAGUGUGGAGUGUGCCUAUUAAUAGGAGACCUUAUCCGUGAGACCAAAAACUCAGAGAAAASGUUGACAUGGAUAGAAAAGAAACAGUAUCACCUGGAUCAACAAGCAGCUGAAAGAAAAAAAUAUUAUAAACAUCAAAAAAAAGCAGAGAAGAGACCUGAUAAAUACUUAUCGAUAAUAAUAGAUGGAAUGGAUCAAGCAAAGACUGCAAUUCCACAUUGGCUACAGUCUUCAAAGAUAGRGGGAGAAAACGACCAUUUUAUGAAGACACAUGUGACAGGUAUCUUGUCGCAUGGGCUCAAUUUGUCCAUGUGCUUCCUUGACUUCCUACGUUGGCCACAAGAUGCAAAUGCCACAGUCAAUUUUCUGACCUCAUGCUUUCGUCACAUAUUGAAUACGCGAAAAAGGCUACCUCCGACCCUUUACUUGCAGUUGGACAACUGCUACAGGGAUUGCAAGAAUAUAUAUAUCCUUGGUUUUUGCGCUCUGCUUGUCAAAGCCAAAGUCUUUCAAAAGGUUCGAUUAUCUUAUCUCAUGGUCGGUCACACCCAUGAAGACAUCGACCAGAUGUUUAGCAGGAUUUCUGUGGCACUUAAUAAGAACAAAGCGGUGACUAGACAACAGUUGCAGGCGGUCAUUCAGGAAGCUUUUACUCCAAKGCCUAUUACGACUUAUGUUGAGAACAUCUAUGACAUAAAGUCAUGGAUUAGCCCUUAUAUUGCAACUUAUAAGAACCACAGUCAUCCACAUGCAUUCCGGUUCAAACUCAAUGGACAAGGAGAUGUGGAGAUGACGUACAGAAACUGGGCUAAUUCUGGGUCAAAGGAGUGGCUUCCUAAUCCCCCUCACAUAAGUCUGUGCAUGUUGCCACGUGGAAAUCCCGCCAUCUUAAGGCCUGACCUAGCCAAAUGUCCAACCGUGGAGAGAAUGAAAGAUGCGSUGUCAAAGACCAAACCAAGAAUGACGGUUGAAGRGCAUGAGUGGUGGGAGAAGACAAUCGAAGAGGAAAGAAGGAAGGUCGAAAAUUGGGAAAAUCUUUCUGAUGCGCAGUACAAAUCUGCUGGACAAUCUUUCGACCUUCUUUCUUUUCGAUAUCAACUGCCUGACCCAGAUCCAGAGGAGACGGAUCCAGAGUAUGAGAAACGGCAAAGCGAGCUGGAGCGAAUAAUGAAAAAGAAAAGUAACUUCAAACCGGUCCUUAUCGUCAAAAAGGCAAAGCGUAAUGCCGAUGUCAAGACUGAUGAGUGAUUGUUGAACUUAAUUAAUAAGUAGAAUGUACGAUAUAUAGAUUUCUGUCACCUUCUGGACAGGGUGCGUUGUUCAGCCAAAACAAAAAUUURUUCGGUCGUAGUUUGGAUCAGACCAAUAUUAGGCAUUAUCAUUAUUAACGUCAAAUCAGACAGAUUUGUCAAGAACAAACAAUUGAGUACCCAACGACUUUCUUGAAUGUUUCCGAAUGUACAAAAGGUCUGAAUAAUAUCAGGUUUUUCAUUCUUCUCUUUAUAACAUUUCCCGUGCGCACUAAAUAUUUUUAUGUAGUUUUCAUUGAGAUCAAACUCAACAAUAUAUAGUCCCUGAUUGCCGCGGUUUUAUUUACAUCAGACAAUCACAAUCAAUUCAGUAUAUUUUAAAACUUUCUACAAAUUCCUUUCACACUUAGUCACUUCACGAAUUUCACGAAGUUCUUUCUAUUUGGGUCUAUUUGCGGAUAUGAUAAAAAAAAUCAAGGGCGAACAAACUUUAUCUGUAAGACACUGAUCAGUUACCAAUAGACCUCGCAUGAUCACAGCUAUUCGUAACCAUAAAUACAUGUAGCGAUGUAUGUGGUCAUAGAUCUGCAGAAAUCACUAGAUCAAGUUUGAACUCUGUUGAAGUGGCCGUUUUUCUAUAUCUCUAUAGUGGCAUGUUGUCAGAUCGACUGCUCAAGCUAUUUAAGGUCUAUAAAUCUACGACCAAGCAAAUGGCCUCUUUUAAAAAAUAACAUAAUUUAGUGCCUAUAUCAAACCAUACGUAUAUUUAUAGAUCUAAAAAAAUGAAUCACUAGAUCAAGAAGUGGCCGUUUUAGCACAAAGAGCAAAUCGAAUUUUGGCGCGCUUUUCUAUAGUGGCAUGUUGUCAGAUCGACUGCUCAAGCUAUUUAAGGUCUAUAAAUCUACGACCAAGCAAAUGGCCUCUUUUAAAAAAUAACAUAAUUUAGUGCCUAUAUCAAACCAUACGUAUAUUUAUAGAUCUAAAAAAAUGAAUCACUAGAUCAAGAAGUGGCCGUUUUAGCACAAAGAGCAAAUCGAAUUUUGGCGCGCUUUUCUAUAGUGGCAUGUUGUCAGAUCGACUGCUCAAGCUAUUUAAGGUCUAUAAAUCUACGACCAAGCAAAUGAUAAUAGCUACUACAAAGAUUUCAUCUGAUCACUGCAGGUCUUUUCUCUUAGAAAUUAGAGUGACAAAUGACAGUGACUAUACCGCAUAUUAAAAUUUGGUCGCCGAGUCCCUUGACCUUCGGGUGACAAACAAAAUAUCUAUUGAA